AAAUAGACGAUAUAAUAUUCUAUGGUAUUCAAGCUCCUUUCAGAAUGAUGUAAUGCUUACAGAGAUACCAUCUUGUUUGGAAUUUAACGUCGAACAUAUAUCAGUUCAGUUGCUCCUGCAGGAACGUAAAGAUAUACCAUUUGUGUUGUCAGUAUAUAGACGUCGUGAAUUCAUUGGAUAACAUCUCAAGUGCUCUGAUAUAACGAUUUUACAAUCUUUUUUGUGAAAGAAGUUCACGAAACUAAGUGAAACGAAUACUAUAGACCCGUAAUCCGUAUAAAAGCAAAUUCUGCCAACUUCGAGAACAAUUACAGCGUGUGAAAGAUGAACGAGGAAAACAAAAGAGUGGAAAGAAGUGAAGAUUUGCGAUGGGGUUGGCGUUCAGUCAGACCAAGAUGUUUACAAUGGUUCAAUUCGUCCGUAGGACUGGUGGUUAUUCUGGCAUCUUGCAGCGUCGUUUAUGGAAUGACUGUAAAUGGCUUUAAUUACGCCGCUAUUCCAUCCCUUGAGAAACAAUUCCACUUUAACAGCAAGCAAACGGGGCUCAUGUCAUCAAUCAGUGAUAUCUCAAAUAUGGUCAUGACAAUCAUUGUUAGUUUUUAUGGCUCAUUUGGAAACAAACCUCGCUGGAUUGGACGCUGUCUGUCGGUCGUUAGUCUUUCUUUGAUUUUGUUCUCUGUUCCUCAUUUUAUGAUCGGAAAAUAUCAACCUCCUGCAGCCAUACAUUCAUCGCAAUUCUGUUCAGUAAACGACAAUUCAACAAACAAAUGUGAAGAUAGUGAAUCUAUUUCAUUCUCUUGGUCUUAUUUCAUCGUAUUCUUGGCGUCUCAAGUCAUUGCCGGCGCUGGUGGAGCUCCGAUGUUUAGUUUAUGCAUCGCAUACCUCGAUGAAAACGUCAGCCCUAAACAUACCUCCAUAUUCAUUGCAAUAUAUUACGUCUCUGGUUUUCUUGGUCCAAGUAUUGGCUUCGUUAUUGCUGGUCAGUUACUCAGUACCUACGUGGACAUAGAUCAGCCUGAAGGUUUUAACCUGAGCCCCCUCGAUCCGCGAUGGAUUGGCAAUUGGUGGAUUGGAUCUUUGGUCGGCGCUGUAGUUAUCUUCGUGCUAGCUUUCGUCAUCAUGGGGUUCCCAAGACAACUGCCACGCGCCAAAAUUCAGCGCGAGGAAGCGAUACGAAAUAAAGAGAUUCCAGCUCACGAUGAAAAGAUCUCGGGAAAUCUCAAGGACAUUAUACCAGCAACGAAGAGUUUGAUCUGUAAUCCAGUUUACGUUUUUCAGACCCUUGGUGUGUGGGCACAAGUUGUUCUUGGGUCUGGUGUUGGUCCGUUUCUCUAUAAACUGAUCAGAACUCACUAUGGUGCAACUCAAGCUCUUGCUGGAAUUGGUGUGGGGAUGAUUGUUGGCAUUAGUAGUACAUGUGGGACAUUGAUGGGCUCGUUGUUUGGCACCAAAGCUAAAGUGAAAAACAGCUGUAAAGUUGCGGCAAAAUAUUGCUUUUAUUUACAACUUGUUGGCAUGUGGAUGACGUUCAUGUUUCUUCUCCCUGGUUGUAAUGAUAUCAAAGUCCCAAACGAGAGAACGAACAGCACCUGCGAUUGCGACGGUGUGAAAUACGUUCCUGUAUGCAAUCAUAACAUCACGUAUUACUCCGCUUGUCACGCGGGCUGUCCACGCCAGAACUCGACAUCCAAGAGUUAUACAAACUGCUCCUCGGGGAGUUGGACUAAAGAUGAGCUGAAACUUGGUGUUUGCGAUCAGGACUGUAAGAAUGUUUAUACUUUCCUAGUUGGCUUUACCUUACUAUUGUCGUUAAGCUAUCUCAAUGAUAUUCCUGGUAAAGUCGUAACGAUAAGGAGUGUGUUAGAAAAUCAACGUUCAUACGCUCUUGGUCUUCAGCUAGUAACGUGGCGUGCUUUGGGCAGUCUGCCAGCUCCUGUUAUCUUCGGGUCAUUCAUUGAUAGGUCUUGUAUAUUAUGGCGAGAAUCCUGUGGCCAAAAAGGAGAUUGUUUGGCUUACAAAACUGGAGACGUUGUUUUCGUCAUCAUCUCAUCAUCACUUGUUCUUCAAGUAUUGGCCAUCUUAUUCUUCCUGCUGUGUUGGUAUUUUGCGUGCAAAUCCAGUGCAGAACAUGGCCACGAUGUUGGUGCAUCUUCCGAAAGAAACGGAAGUGUUUCCAAAGGUGAUGGUAUUUCUUGCUCGAAGGAAAACGGCUUCGAUAAUCCUGUUGGUGCGAACGCGAUCAUUUGCGACGAAUUUGAAACCAAAUUUUGAGGCAAACAUGUUGAUAUAUAUAUAAUAAAUCUCUAACAUGCAGUUAAUACAUCUUACAACUUGUAAAAUGUUCGUAUUUGGGGCAGGAACAUGAUUGGUUUUCAGUUUCGCGUAAAUCAUAUUAAAAUAUGCUAGUGAUUUUACGGUAUUCUUUUAUACCUGCGC